UUGGAUGAAUUAAGAUGAAAUUUUGCACAGAUAUUCAUGGUGCCCGGACAAUGUGCCCUAAUGACUUUGGUGAUCCCCUGACUUUUCCUGCAGCGCCCCCAGCAGGUCAACAUUUUCACUUAUCCUGUGAAAUAUCUCAACAACUCUCAGAUGGAUAGGCACAAAAUUUUGUACAGACAUUCAUGGUUCCCAGAUGACGAAUCCCACUGACUGUGGUGCUGAGAUUUGAGGUUUUAAGUGAAAUGUUUCAGCAACUAUUGGAUGGAUUGCCAUGAAAUGUGGUUCAGACAUUCACAUCCUCCUCACUUUGGUGAUCCUCUGACUUUUCAUCUAGUGCCAUCAUCAGGUUAAGCUUUUAAUUUGUCCAAUUCUUUGGUUUAUGACCAAAUACCAGCAACACUAAUGACAUUCCCAUCAUCCUCAGCUUUAUUUUUAGUGCUAAUUAGCAAAUGUUAGUACAGUCUAACAGAGCCGCUACCAUGGCUGUAAACUCUUGUCUUGUUUCACUUUGUGUUGCUGUGAACAUUUUUGAUUUUCUGCUCAUUUUAAUUUUGUUCUUUGUUCUCUUCUCCUGGGUUUUGGUGUUUAGACAGUAAUAUUACAGUUAAUUAAUCUUUUAAUAAUUCAGGUUCUUUAAUAUCCAGUAAUUUUGGUCAUGUAGUUUUUAGUUUAGCACCAUCUGUACCAACUGUGGUUUCAAAUCAAACCCUGUCUAUUCUAACCAUUCUCUUGUGAUCUGUAAGCCUAAUAGGAAACUAUGACCACAGUAUAUAGUAGGAACCAAGUCAUUUACCUUUCCAAAUAAAGUGGACUAUUAUAGCUGUCAGCCUUCCAGCUAAAACCCAAAUUCCAUAUUCCAGUAGCUGCCUCUAUUUUUGUCAGUUCAGGCAGAAAUGUUAGUUUACCCUGAAUUAAUUCACUGAUAUACUGUUAUUUCUACACAAUAAUCUAUGUCAGUACUGUAAAAACCUUGACAUCUGCAUUGAUAGUACAACAAAUUAAUUUUUAUUCAUUUGGUAAAGGUCGAACUCCCAGACACUUUCCCUGCCAGCUGUAAACUGAAACUGCGUGCGCAGCAGAUAUCUUGGCAGAUGUCAAACAGAAACUGGGCUCCUGAUGGUUCUCAGACUGAUUAAUAUGCUAGAGGAGAGUUAUGGGCCAGAUGAUAAAAACACAACAGUGGAUGUCUGACAGUGCUGAGACACCCUGCUUGCAUGUAUCAACAGCUGUCAGACUUUCGUUACGUAGACCGUCUUCAUAUGCAGUGUCAUUUGAUCCAGUCUGCACCCACAGAGCAGAGGUUUGACUCCACUAGCUUAAAAAUCCCAUAGUGUUUCCCCGAGGUUCUGUACUGGGUUUGUAUACCUGUCAUGUACUUCUAUGUACUUAGGACUGAGAGGGAGAAGUGGCAAUCUGUUUUCCACUUCCAGAAAGGCUGUAAUCAUGAAUUUCUUAGAAUUGUCUUGAUAAUGAUUGCCUGCCAAAAUUGUAUUUGUAUAGUUAACUUUUUUAAACAUUUCUACAGUCACAAGUGGUACAGUAGGAGCAGAGGUUACAAUAUUAGUAGUGUUUGCAAAACCUAUAUUAGAGUCGAAGUUCCUUGAUUCUGUAGUUAGAUAACAAUUGUCUUCCUAUUGUUUGUAUAGAACAUGUAGCCUGCCUUGGAUUUACUGUGAAUAUAUAAAAGAUUACAUUUUGUGCUUCUGUUUUUGCUCAUGUCGACUUUGGGAUUAAGCUCAGUUCGCUCAGUCACUCUCCCUCGUGGUUGCUAUGGAGCCUGAGCAGCAGGAGCAUAACUUGGUCACAUAUGGCCUGCAGUAAAUAACUUAUCGCAUGCAGGUGAGUUGAGCUGGAACUUUGCACUGAGCUUAAUGUACAGCAGACUCAUUCAGUAUUCACCACCGGAAAGUGUUUACUCUGUUUGGUUUGACGAAAUGUUAGCCGUGUUAUCUGUCUAGGCUGGUUUCUUCAGUUUUGCUGACCUGAGUUCUGCUCACAUCCAGGGAGAGGGAUUGCAGAGGCCACAGGGGUGCAAGAUAGGCUGGAUUACCAACCAGGCAAAGCAAGCAGCUGCCAGUCCCUGAGAGGCCACAAACUUGUGAAUUGGUCUUUUGGUAAUUUAGUUAACAUCGAAUUUGUUCUCAAGUAGGCCUACAGUAUGGUCAAAGUUGUGUCCUGCAUUAUUACCUAAUCCUGUGGCCCUGUCUUGCAGAGGGGGCCCUGUGUCAAAAUCUAGAUUCAUGACCUUUAUUAGUUUAGUUUUUAUUGGGCUCAGGUGGUGCAUAAAUUUGUGUUUAGUCAAAUUACCACAAGCUAAUUAACACACAAAACCUGGGGAAGGUAGUUUUUCAUAGGAGUACUGGUUCUCUGUGCAUAUCAUGAGGCUGCCAUGUAUAGUCUGCUGUGUGCACUGUACUUGAUGGGAGCAUACACGCAUAUUUCCCCCAAUGCCCUGAAACAGGUUAAUCCAUCCAUACUAUCCCUUGGAAACCAAUGCAUGUUACCAUGGAGCAUAUAUUGGCCAGCUAGUAUGUAGCCUACACAUGGAGUUGGAGAAGAGUCAGUGCCUUGUGCUGGUUGGGACUGUGUGUUGUGCUCAAUAAGGAGUUCAGUGUUCUUGUUGUACGUAUGUGUUAAUCAUGUAUAGGCCUACAGAUGGGCUAGUCUGUGAUUUAGUAGUUUGUAAUUUUCAUAGUGCCCUUAUAAAAACUCUGGAUUACAUUAACCUAUUCAGUGUAAUAUGAACAGUUUGACCAUGUUUCCUUCCUCAGCAAGCACUUAUAAAUCAGUGACACCUCCAUGAAUUAAAGAAAUUUCCAUAUUCAAUAUGCAGGCAGGAGGUGGUGUUUUACUGGACCUGCAGCAGUUAAAUGGAUGUGCAACACACUUUCUCUCUGGCUCUCAUUCACAUGUCUUUAUCAGAGGUCUGCAGCGCUAAUCCUCUUAAAUCCCAGUCAACAGAGGCGGAGCAAGCCUCUCAUUGCGUUUUACAGUUUCCUCCCCGCAUUUUCUGUGAGGCAUUUGUGCGGGGUGCAUGGCCGACGGAUACCGCAAUGUGUAAUGUUGUGUUUUCUGUAGAAUAGCUGUGUAAACGGUGCGUCGGAGAGGGAGCAGAUGCGGCUCUUGCCAUGACUUGUCCCAGGAAGCAGAGCUUUCAAGCGGCGUUGAUCUUUCUGUCUGUCGCCCAGUUGACUGCAGGUCUGAAGUGUGUAUGCCAGCUGUGCGACAACCACACCUGUGAGACGGCCGCAGAUGGCGCCUGCUAUAACUCUGUGAUGUUGAUUGACGGGAAGGAGGAGACGUUCAAGUCCUGCGUGUCGCCCUCUGAGAUGAAGGGCCAGUUCUUCUGCUACAGCUCCCAAAAUGUCUCCAAGAAGGACUGUUGCUUCACUGACUUCUGCAACAAUGAGACACUGCACCUACACCCAGAGAGGCCUUUGGAAGAACCUGGCUGGAGCAGGCCACAGCUCGCUGUGGUGAUCCUGGUGCCCUCCUGCCUGUUGUGUGUGGGGAUCCUGCUGGGUGUGUUGGUCGUGCAGGGCCACCGCUGUGCCUACAGCAGAGCCCACAGGCAGGACCCAGAGGAGCCUCUGGAUGACCAGAUGCUCAUGUCACCCGACAAAUGUCUCAAAGAUCUGAUCUAUGACAUGAGCACCUCGGGCUCUGGAUCAGGUCUGCCACUGCUGGUCCAGCGGACUAUAGCUCGGACCAUUGUCCUGCAGGAGAUCAUUGGGAAGGGUCGAUUUGGGGAGGUGUGGCGGGGAAAGUGGCGAGGAGAGGAUGUGGCGGUGAAGAUCUUCUCCUCCAGGGACGAGAGGUCGUGGUUUCGUGAAGCAGAGAUUUAUCAGACAAUCAUGCUCAGACAUGAGAACAUCUUAGGCUUCAUUGCUGCCGACAACAAAGAUAAUGGCUCGUGGACCCAGCUCUGGUUGGUGUCAGAGUACCAUGAGCAUGGCUCCCUGUAUGAGUACCUGAACAGGUACACACUCUCUGUGGAAGGCAUGAUUGUCCUUGCUUUGUCCAUAGCCAGUGGCCUGGCGCAUCUCCACAUGGAAAUAAUUGGAACACAGGGGAAACCUGCCAUUGCUCACAGAGAUCUAAAGUCUAAAAAUGUCCUGGUGAAGAAAAACGGCACAGCAGUCAUCGCAGAUUUGGGCUUGGCUGUGAAACACGACUCCAGCAACAACACCAUUGACAUACCAUCUAACCAUAGAGUGGGAACGAAGAGGUACAUGGCCCCGGAAAUCCUUGAUGAGACAAUCAAUAUGAACAGCUUUGAGUCAUUCAAGCGGGCGGAUAUCUACUCGCUAGGCCUGGUGUUUUGGGAACUGGCCCGAAGAUGCUCUGUUAGGGGACUUAAUGAAGAUUUCCAGCUGCCUUAUUAUGACCUGGUGCCUUCUGAUCCGACCAUCGAGGACAUGAGGAAGGUGGUGUGUGAGCAGAAACUCAGACCCAACAUUCCCAACCAGUGGCAGAGCUGUGAGGUUCUGCGUGUGAUGGGCAAACUGAUGAGAGAGUGCUGGUACGCCAACCCUGCUGCUCGACUCACCGCUCUGCGGGUCAAGAAAACUGUGUCUCAGCUGUCUGUCAUCAAGGACCUCAAAGAUUAGUUAGAUCUGUUGCCCUGCAGAUCAGCACUGGUGCUGGCACUGGUGCAACACGAUGGACUGAGAGUUGUUGGAAGCAAACAGUGAGAAACUGUUCGCUCUAACUGCCUGAGGCUGCCCUCUUCAGGACACAACCACACUGUUCACCCUCAGAGAGCAGAUUCAGGUUGUUUCUGGUGCCAAAGUAUUGUAGGGGGUGUCUGUGGAUGCUUUGCACACAGACACCUAAUAAACCAAUUUGAACCAAACAGCUGAAGUUUUGGUAGAAAGAGCCAUAUGAAAUCAGAAUAUGUAUAAUGUAUAUACUGAUUAUUCUGCUACCUCAGACAUUGAAGUGCCCAAAGCUUGAAGUUGCACAUUGCGAUGUUUUUGUGCCAUAUCUUGUAACAAACACAGUAUUGCUGGGUAGGUAGUGUGCUAACUGAAAAUCACAAAGGAUACUGGAUAAGACACCCUAACUGAUUCUGACUGGCUUUAAAUUACACAUGUACAGACUGUCCUUGAGAAUCUUUAAAGUGCUUUUGUAUAGUUACUAGAGUACUAUUGUAGGUAAAUGGUUUGUUGAAAGCUCAGUGGAAAGGUUUCUGUACACUUAACAGGAAUACAACUGUGCAUUUGCAAGUGGAAGACAUCCAUUAGUGAAAUAUAUAAGUGGGUUUUUAGUCUGAUUUAGUUCUGACUAUCACUGCGGCUCCAUGGAUAGCAUUUACAGUCAGUCCAUCGGUCGCUUGUUCUAUGUAUGUAUAACAAGUAUUAAAUGGAUAACAAUGACAUUUGGUACAGACAGUCAUGGUCCCCAGAGGAUGAACCCUAAUAAAUCUGAUGAUCCCCUGACUUUACGUACAACUGAGGCUGAUAGAGUCCAGCUGAAACUAAUAAGAGUUAAGCCAAGUCUUGGGCUAUCCUGAAAUCAUCACAGUAAACCAUGUUGGAUUAUUUAAAAACAUGACCGCUCCUUUGGCGCCACCCUCAGGCUAAAUUUUGAAUAUUUAGACUGAUUAGUGAUAAGAAUUACAAAGUUGUCUCUCCAUUAUUUAACAGUCUUGCAGGAUCAGUGGCUAUAGAUUUUUUUGUCUUGUCCGUUACGUGAAGAGUACAGCUAUAAACUUCUGCUAUAAAUUUUGCACAUUUAAAGCUUUCAGUUGCUGAAAUGCUAGUUUGUUCACAAACAAAAGCUCCUUUAUGAAUGUGAAAAGUUAUGUUUUGUAUUUCUAUAUUUAUUCACACUGGAAAAAUGUUAUUGAAAUUAUAAAAUCUUAGCUACCCUAAUGCACAAGUCAAAACUUCAAAAGAAGUGUAUUGUUAACGUUGGCUCAAAUGUAUUUUUUUUAAUGGGGAAAUGUAACAACUAUGUACAUGUUAGAAAACACUCCAUUUUAGAAGCCCGAUGCAGUGUUACAGCAGGUUUCCCAUUGAACCAGAUAAUUGUGAUAAAAGCAAAGACCAAGGUAAGAUCAGAUCUUGAUAAAGCUAAAGAUAAAAUCAUAAAACAAGAAGAUAAUGAGAAAACACAGAACAGACAAAAAGGCUGAUGCAGAAGUAAAGUAUAUCGUGUUAAUUGUGUACAUUGUCAUUGGUACUGUAGUAAAUCAGUUUGACAUUUCACUUGGAGAGCACAGUUUGGGUGAUAGGUGCACAUAUGAUCACUAAUGCCACUGUCUGUCUUAGGGAAUGUACUCACGGGUAAAUCUGUACAUCAUGUGUGCAGGCGUGCCUGUGUGUGUUUCAUAUCAUGUGAAGUGAUCCUGUAUUUAAAGAUGUGAAUCUGAUUAAUCAUUGUAGUGUUUGUGAAACUGGUGCUGUGGAGAAAACCUUUCCAUGUUUCCCAUCCAUCAUGGCUUUUAAUUCUUGUCUAGCUCUACAUCCUCAGUUGAUGUUCAUGUUUUUAGUUGCUAAGGUGAGUUACAUACUUCCAUGUAGCUGCUUAGUAUCAUCGCUGACACAUAAAAGUGUUCUCCUGUUAUGAAGAUGUCAUGGUUACUGGAUGAUAUGUAGCAUCAGCUGUGUUGCCCAAUGAAAAUAAGCAGUACAGUAGCCCAUUGCUCUCUUGGCAAAUCUCAGUUCAUGUACAAGUCUUCAUUUUUUUCUUUCUGUGAAAUGAUUAGUUGACUUCAAUCAAUCAUGGAAUCGUACGACCUUGUGUGUUGCAGAAUACAGAUAGGAAAAAAAUGCAGUAUUAAAGCAUCUGGCUCUGCCUGUGUCCAUUGAAAAUACUUGUGGUAUAAAUUAGUUUUUAUAUCUGAUGUUGGAUCUACCCUGAGCCAAGCUUAUAUUUUGUCUAUUGUGUCAAAUCUGCUUCUCCAAGAAUCAGACAGGUGACACAGAGAAGAACUGAUAGCUAAGCAUAUAAAAGACUUAUCAGUCAUUCCAAAGAGGAGUGAUCACCAUGUGCAAUUUCUGACUGGUGUCUUUUUUUAUAUAUUGUAUAUGAAAUAGCUAGAUAUUAACAAAUGUGAUACUGCUUUCAUAAAAUCAUCAUAAAACCAUCCAGUUAUUUAGAUUCAUAUGAAACUGUUUUGUGUUGUUGCUCAGAUGUCAUGUCAUUGCAUUGUAUCUUUUCUCUUGCACUAUUUAUUCUGUAUAGAAAUAAAUGAUAUCAGCGGGUCAAUAAACUGUUUUUCAUGGAGUGAA